UUCUUCUUGUGGUUCAAUCACAACGUUGUGAGAAAAUUAUUCAGUGGUUCGAAAUUAUUUUAAAUAAGGUUUUGCCCUCCGAUGUCAAUCAAUUCGCGGCCAGCCACGUUCUUCUAUAGGAAAAUGGCGGCGAAUUAGUCCCGGUGUUGUUUUGAAAGGUGUGUUUCUGCUCUCAAAACGAAUGCGGCUUUGAACGAGUAUCAUGGAUAUUUCUAGUAUGCUCGAGGUACAAGUAAAAGAAGAAACGGAUGUCAAGGAGAACGUAACACCAGAAAAUGAUCAGGCAUCCAGUGCGACCAGCGUGGCUCUCACACCAUUUUCUCAAGAGGAGAGCAAUUACCACAAGCUUAUGUUCGGCAAUGAUAUCGCAACUGUACGAUUUCGUAGAAUUCAUUGUACAGCUUGUGACAUACACAUUGGUUCUGCUCCAUCUCAAGUUUAUAAUAUGUUUGAACAUCCUGUACUUCGUACAUUAUUAUGUACAAAUUGUCGGGAGUUUUAUGGCGAUGGCUGUUUUGAGCAAGGUGAUGACGCUACAGAUAUGUUCUGCCGAUGGUGCGCUAAUGGUGGCAAUUUGUACUGUUGCUCCUAUUGUAGUAAUACUUUCUGUUAUAAAUGUAUAAGAAGAAACUUUUCAUCUUUAGUGAGAAAGAAGAUUGAAGCUGAUGAAAAAUGGAAAUGUUUUGUAUGCCAUCCAAGUGAUUUAUAUAACGCAAGAGCUGUGUGCUGGGCUCUACUUCAACAUAUACAAACAGUGAGAAGGAUACUUGCGCAAGACAAGAAGAUGAGUAGAGAAGAAAUCGAAGAGAAGAUGAAUUUAGACGAAUCGACGUGUUGCCCGCGCAGAAGUAAACGUAAGCGACGAAGACUCGAUUCCAAUUCCGACGAAGACGUGACGUAUGUACCUAAAGUCAAUGGGAUGUCAGGAUAUAUAAAACGUAAACCACUGAAAAGAUAUAAGACGAUGAAGGAGAACGGCAUUGUUACGCAGGCAACACAGUUUACCAACCGAAUGCUAGUUCCCAUCAGACCACGUCCGACAUCAUUCCUUACCGGUCAAUCUUUUAACGCUGAAUCAUCGGAAUCUGUUGGUAAUAAAAAUUCAACCGCAUCAGAGAAUAUUGUCGUUUCAUCGCCCAAUGUGAUAAAUUCAAAUACUUCGUUACCGUCGAGGUUCGAUCCUAAUAGAUUGCAACAGCAGUCUCCUUUAUAUCAUACAUCUUUUAUGAGCGCCUCGGGAUCUGCUGCUUACAUUCAAACGCCUCUUCCGAUGAAUCGUAUUAUUCUCCCACCACAGCCACAGCCACAAUCACAGUUGACGUACCAGCCACAACGAAAUAACUCUUAUCAACCAUCGCAGUCGCUUCAAUCUUCGCCAAACACGAUGGUAUCUAUACCUAAUCCAAUGGACAAGAAUAGCAGACCUUUAUUUAUUCUUCCACAACAAAAAAAUUUGGGUAUAACGUUAACUCCUAACAUAAUUGAUCUUGAUAGUGAUUCCGAUGAUGAACCAAGUGUCAUUGAGCAGCAAAAUAAUUUUACGAUCGACAAAGACAAUAAUACAGAUACCGACAAAAUUGUACCUGUUGCUCUCACCUGGGAAAAGAAUGACGACGAUGUAAGGGAAGAUCAACCUUUGAGAGUAAUAUGCGCGACUGUAAAAAAGAAUAUCUCCUUCAGCGAAAUGAUGUUGCCACAUAGCCAAGAUCUGGACAAACUUUUAAACAAUGCUAAGAAAAAAAUGUAUAAUUUCUUUGAUUUAAACAAUGCAAUCGAGAAUAUUGAAAUAAAAGCACAACAAAAAGUCAAGCAUUUCUAUAACAAUAUGCGUGAUACAGUUCUUCAAUUAGUAGACAUCAAUGAUAAGGUAGUACGUCAAUAUAUUGAAUGGAGGAGAUCUCAGAAAACGGAAAUAGGAACGGAAACUUCAUUUUCGAUUAAUGAAAAUGCAUUGGAAUCGUCCCGAGAAAAUGUAGAUAUUCCUUUAGAUAUGAUUUGUGUUAAUGAUUCUGAUACUGAAUCUGACUAUGAAAUUCAGAAAUAUCAGCCGAUAGGAAUAACGAAACCAUCCGAUUUAGUUAAAGAUAAUAAUAUUAUUAAGGAUUUAUUAUUUUGUAAAAAAAAUGUUGAACAUCGUGGUAGUGGUGAUGAUAGUGUACACUUAUCUGUAGACAAAGCAAUUCAGGUAUAUGAUAUUGUCUCGAGGGAUUAUGAGAAAUGCAUCGGUUAUUCUGUGCUUACAAGAACCGCCUACGACUCGAAAAUGGACAAUAGUGUUUCGGAUUUGCCACUUACAUCUGAUGAGAAUUUUGGCAAAUAUGAGGAACAGUUUAUCUACUAUUUGCAGCAUAUUGAAGAUAAUGGUAUUGAGACAGAAGAUUCGAAGGGUUUGAUAGAUUCGGAAGAAACGUCGCUUCAAGAAUUGCAAACGGAUCUAUCAUUUACUUCACAUUUGAUUCAAAAUAUUGAUUUACCUAUUUUAUCUACCGAUCAAUUGAAAAAUUCUCAACUAGAAGAAAGUAUUGAUUCAUCUGUGUGUGCUGUAUCUAGCAGUCAAUUGAAAAAUUGUCAACAAGAAAAAAAUAACGAUUUAUCUGUUGUGCCUAAUGAACAAUUACAAAAUUGCCAACAAGAGAAAAAUAUCGAUUUGCCUAUUGUAUCUGUUGAAAACGAGCAGUCAAAAAAUUAUCGACAAGAAAAACACUUGAGUAAUAACAUUGAUUCAGAGACGAAAGAUGACAAAAGUGACACACUGGAUAAGAACGACGAAGAAAUUGUUAGUAAUUUUGAUAUUAAGAUACAAGAAGUAAAUAUGAAAUUAAACGAUAACUCUCAACUAACAGAAUUGCAAAAAAUUCAUUCGGAUAUAAUAGAAGAUAUCAUAUCAAAUAAUGGAGCAAACUCAAAUAAAAAUGAUAUACUAAAUAUACAAGCUGCUUCCACGGAAAGUGAGGAGGAUUGUACUAUUAUCGAUGAUUAA